AUGGCAAAAAAAAACUGUCAGCUGCCAAAAAGGUUGUCAUGGCGACAGAAGAAAUAUGCGGUUGCAGGAUCACAGUAUGACAAAGUUAUAGAUCUUACAAAGAGAAGAUAUGGGGAGGAUGCAAUAGAGCUUAUACAGCUGUACCAGGAGGGUGGACGUUUGGAACAGUCAAAAGGUAGACUGGCAAAUCAUGACAAAGCAAUAGACAUGUUUCUUCAGGCUCAUUCUAUAGCUGCUGCAAACUACAAAUACGCAAGUGAAGAAAUAGUUGACACAGCCUUGGCCCUGGCUCAAGCGUAUGCAAGCACAGGACGUGAGGAGGCAGAAAGUUCGGCUGAGAGUUACCUUAAUGAAUGCCUGUCAUCCUGUACCACAGUGUAUGGACCAGACCAUAAAAAGACUUUAGAAGUUCAAGAUGAACUGGCUCGGUUGCUUAUACGCACUGAAAGGGAAACAGAUGCUUUAGAAAUGCUACGAUCUUCUUUACCACUGAAGAAUGAAGUUUACGGAGAAUAUUCAGAAAAUGUUGCUGAUACUCAUAAACUUAUAGCUUCAGUACACCUUGCGCAGGGAAAUAUUGAAAAAGCUCUCAGAGCAUAUAAAAAGUGCCUCAACAUUGAAACACUGGUUUUGGGUAAAAAUCAUAAGAAGACAAAAGAUAGUGAAAGAACGAUUGACAUUCUCAUGGCGAGUCCAGGACUGUCCAAAAAGUUUGUUUUGAAUAAAGAGGACGAGUUAAAGAAGCGCCCAAGGUUCAACAAUUUUUCAAAGUCUGCAAGAUAACGUAAGAACUUACAGGAAUCAUUUACAGCAUCGACUAUGUAAUUUAGAACUAGUUUGAAAGAUGUACAGUGUACAGAAUAAUUGUUUAAAAAUUGGAUAAUAAUGGAGGUGUCUGUUGAAGCAUAUGAAAAAAAGACUGUAUUUCAUAAAUAUAAUUCUAAUAUGCUUGUUUCUGUUAAAACACGCUUGUACUAAAAUGACGUCACGUUAACUUGGGACAGCGUCAAUGUUUUUGUUGCAACCAAGAAAGAGAGCUACUAUAUUUUAUGUACUGUUUUAUAUUAAGGGCAUGCGCGGAUCCAGGGUUGGGGUCCGGGGGUCCAGACCCCCCCCCCCCCCGCCCCUGGGAUUUUGGAAUUUAAUGUAAAUACCAUUAAUUUUAAUGUUAUUUUGUAUAAAAGUGUACUAGGACCCCCUCUGGCAGAAAGCAUAGAAUUUGGACCCCCUCUGACAGAAAAUGCUGGAUCCGCAUAUGAAGGGAACCUUAGUAUCAGAAUAAUACACCCUUUAGAAAUUAUUACAUGGACGUAUAACCUCUUUCCGUGUAUUAUUUAUGUUAAAACACGUUUUUUCUAUACACCAUUUCUUAACUUAUACCAGUAAUGAAACAAAUUAUAGGAUAGAUAAUUGGUAUGUACUAAUUUUGGUAUUAGUACCUAGUAGCUGACACUUUUGCAAAUUUAUCAUUGUGUAUUAAACUUAAAAAAGACAGGUAUUGGCAAAUAUACUGUCUGUCUGUUAUUUGUCAAGAGGAGAGAUGGUAGUCCCACUGAAAAACUAAAAAAAUCUUGUUAAAUGCACCUAAAUAUUUAGUGGCAUCAUUUUUAACGAUACUGAAUAUAAAAAUACAGUAAGGAACAAUUUUGUUAACUUUUUUUUAUUAGACCUGAGCAAUACUUGAAGAAAUUAUUUACAUUCUUAUGGUUGUUAUCAUUUAGCAUUGGUAAUAGUGUAGUGAUGUAAAUUUACAGAUAGUAUAUUUAUGUACGUAAAUGGUUGUAGAAUUCACAUAAAGCAGUUCUUGUUUAUGGUACAAGUUGUUUUGUAGGUGAAUUUUAGGAACAGUUAUGACAUAAACUUCAUUCUUUUUGUUAAGUAAAUAUAUACUUUUUUUGUAUUUGUACAGUCAAAUAUACUGUAAAAUAAGAAAAUUUAAUUUUGCAACAAGUACUAUUUGUAGAGAAAUAAAGUGAUUAUGCUGAAA